UGGUAUUAGGUAUUGCCAUGGUGCGGUUUUAUAUACAGAAAGGAACACAUAGAGGCUUAUUCAGAAGCGUUCAAAAGACGCUUAAAUUUUUCCAGACAUUUGCUUUGCUUGAGGUAGUCCACUGUGCAGUUGGAAUAGUUCGCACAUCUGUGCUUGUGACGGGGGUCCAAGUGAGUUCAAGAAUCUUCAUGGUGUGGUUCAUUGCACAUAGUAUAAAACAGAUCCAGAAUGAGGAGAGCGUUAUUCUUUUUCUGGUCGUAUGGACUGUGACAGAGAUUACUCGAUAUUCCUUCUACACAUUCAACCUGCUCAACCAUUUGCCAUACUUCAUUAAAUGGGCCAGAUACAACUUUUUUAUCAUUUUGUAUCCUGCUGGAGUUGCAGGUGAACUGCUAACCAUAUAUGCUGCUUUACCCUAUGUGAAGAAAACAGGAAUGUUUUCACUGAGACUUCCCAACAAAUAUAAUGUCUCCUUUGACUACUAUUACUUCCUUAUUAUUGUCAUGUUCUCCUAUGUGCCAUUAUUUCCACAACUCUACUUCCACAUGCUGCGGCAGAGAAGAAGGGUGCUUCAUGGAGAAGUGAUUGUGGAAAAGGACGAUUGAAUCAAGCCAUGUAACUAUGGUGCUUUUAAUGGAAAAAAAGGGUAAAAAACCAAAACUUCCUGUGAUUUUUCUGAGUCCAAGUUUUAAAACAUGGAACAAGAAUAAACAACUGUGCAU